AUGGACAUUUGUGCUUGCGUGGUGGAUGACCUUCCGGUGCUUGCGGUGUGUUUCUGUCAAACUGUCAUGCAGGUCGCCGUCGGUAGCCUCCCGAGCGGUGUCCGAGCACGCAGUCGUUUGCUCUGCGUGAGCCUUUAUCCCGCUUCAAAAUUUGCUCCGUCGAGCUCACUGAGUUACUGUAGAUCUUCAAAUGCCAGCGCGGAAGUUUUGCUUCGGCCUGUAUCGGCUGUUGGUUCGGGCAUGGAGGCAUCUAUUACUGAUCCAAAGGGCAAAUUGAUUAUGGUUAAAGAUAUUGAGGUAGUUGUCGAGUCCAAGGAUGACGAUAAGAUGCAAGUAAGGGUGGAUAUGUCAGGGGAAGACACACAGAUAGUGUUUGAGAAGAUACUGAGAAGUUUAGCACGCACUGCUCCACCAGUUCCCGGUUUUCGUAGGGAAAAAGGAGAAGACUUAGGAAAUUCUCAAAACUUUUUUAAGAUAUGUAGAAGGGCUCGUUGGGGACAAGUAGGAAAAAACGGAACUCGAUUCCGAGUCCGUAUGAGCUCGUACGAGCCAACGGCGCACGGGCGCGCAACUGGCUACGGAAAUCAAAGGGUCGCAACCCUUGGUGACCAUAAGGUGCCGAAGGACUUUCUUCUGAAAAUUCUGGGUGAAGAUCGAGUUACCAAUUUCGUAAUUCAAGAAAUCAUCAGCAGUACUGUGGCUGAAUAUGUGAAGAAGGAAAAUCUAGCCGUUAAGGACAACAAGAUAAUCACCAUCCAGACUGCAGAAGAACUAAAAUCAGCUUUUACCCCUGGAAGUGAGUUUGGGUUUAAUGCCACACUGGAGCUUGAAAAAUCGAGUGUCGAGUCGAGCUAACUGCAAAAAACGGGGUUACUUAAGGCAGGUUUUAGAGCAUCUCCAAUGGAGAUUGUGAUGUAUAACAUGGAGAAAGAGAAUUAAAAUUUUUUGUCUCCAAUGGUUAGUGUUAAUUGUGGUGUCAUUUGUGAUGUGUAAAAUUGUAAUUGGUAGGAGAAGAGAGAUAAAUUGAAUAAAUAAUAUAAUAUAUAAUAGAAGUUGUUUAGAAGGACUUCUACAUCUAGAAAGCCUUCUAGACAUUUUCCAGACCACGUCAGAUUUUUUUUGCCAUGUGGCAGCAAUGGAAAGACCAUUGGAGAUGCUCUUAAUGUGAAGACAAGCUACGAGUAGAGCUAAGACUCUCUUUUGUUAUUGAAAGGAAGAAUUGUUGCUCGUUUGUUCGCAUUAUCAAAUUGUAUUAUAAAUUAUUAUAGUUAC